CGCGGUCCGAGUCCAACCCUCCCCCUCAGUCAAAUCGCAAGAUGGCUUCACUGCCGCUGGUUCGCGCUGGGCUCCUCGUCGCCUUCUCCGUCUUCCUCACGCUCCUCCUGGCCUUCGGGCUGCCCGCGGCUCUCACCUGGCUCGCGCACUGUGCGGGUUUCGAGGAGGAGGCUGGGGCCACGCACUGUCUCGCGCUGUUCUACGCGCUCUUCGUGCUGUGCGUGGCCAUGCCCAGGAUCCCACGCGGAUCUGUCUCGGUUGAUGGGAAGGCGGUGUUCGUUACUGGAUGCGACAGCGGCUUUGGUCACCAUUUAGCCAAGCACCUUCAUAAAGUGGGCUUCACCGUGUUUGCCGGAUGCUUUUUGAAGGAUCAGGCUGGCGAGGGGGCGGUGGAGCUGGAGAACAUGCACUCUGACAGACUGAAGGUGCUGCAGCUGGAUGUGUGCAGUGAUGAGCAGGUCUCUAAAGCUGUGGAGUUCAUCAGGGCCAACCUGGAAGACCCAGAGAAAGGUCUGUGGGGUGUGGUGAACAACGCCGGCGUCUCCAUGUUCGGGGAGGUGGAGUUCACCACCAUGGACACAUACAAGCAGGUUUCAGAGGUCAACCUGUGGGGAACCAUCCGAGUGACCAAAGCUGUUCUCCCUCUCAUCCGUAGAGCGAAAGGGCGUGUGGUGAACAUAGCCAGCAUGUACGGCCGGAUGGGAAACGCUCUGCGCUCUCCGUACUGCGUCUCUAAAUACGGCGUGGAGGCCUUUUCCGACUGCCUCAGGUACGAGAUGAAGGUCUGGGGGGUCAAAGUGUCCGUCGUGGAGCCGGGGAACUUCAUCAUGGCUACGGGGAUCCUGACGCGCGACAUCGUGGCCUCCACGGCCGAGAAGCUGUGGAAGGAGGCGCCCCCUGGUGUGCAGGAGGACUACGGGAAGCCCCACUUCGAGCACUACAUGGCCCUGAUGCGCUCUUACUGCAACAGCGGCCAGCGUGACCUCACGCCCGUUUUGGACGACAUCACAGAUGCCGUCAUAUCCAAACGGCCAUACACGCGCUACAACCCCAUGGAGCCUUACUGGUGGAUUCGCAUGCAGGUCAUGAGCCAUCUCCCAGGAGCCAUUUCAGACCGCCUGUAUUUCUGAAGCGUUCUCUCUCUCUCUCUCUCUCUCUCUUUCUUGCUCUCUAUCUCUCGCUCUUUCGCUCGCUCGCUCUCUCUCUUGCUCCCUCUCGCUCGCUCUCUCUCUUGCUCUGUCUCUCUCUCUCUGUCUCUCUCUCUUUCUUGCUCUCUAUCUCUCUCGCUCUGUCUUGCUUGCUCGCUGUCUAUCUCUCGCUCUCUUUCUCUCUCUCUCGCUCGCUCUCUCUCUUGCUCUCUCUCGCUCGCUCGCUCUCGCUCGCUCGCUCGCUCUCUAUCUCUCGAUCUAUCGCUUGCUCGCUCUCUCUCUUGCUCUCUCUCGCUCGCUCUCUAUCUCUCGAUCUAUCGCUUGCUCGCUCUCUCUCUUGCUCUCUCUCGCUCGCUCUCUCUCUUGCUCUAUCUCUCUCGCACUCUCUCCCUUUCUCGCUCUCUAUCUCUCUCGCUCUCUGUCUUGCUUGCUUGCUCUCUAUCUCUCUCGCUCUCUCUAUCUCUCUCUCUGCACACGCUGACUGAGGCGUAAUUGCACUUCAAUAACACAUGAUCAUCAUCACACUUUGCUUACAAUUCAUCCUUAACACUCUGCUGAUGCUCCUAUUCCACAUGGAAAUCGAACAGUUCACGGUUAUAUAACAACCCAGUGACAUUUCUCAUGAGUUCUGUAAGCAAACUCGGACAUUCCUGACACUCGCGUGACAUCUGGUCGAUCACUCCAGCGUUUUUUCACCCUGAUCCUAUGUGACCCUAUGUGGGAUUAUCAUGGACAGGAAACUGAUUAGACAUGUGGUCUGCCGAGGUAGCACAGACACACAAAGUUCCAAGAGAGCAAAUAGCGUUCUCCUCCUCCGAGUGACGCGGCCCGAGCAGCAGUUAGAUGAAGAUGCGGUCGGCUGGCUUCACGUGUCUCAGAGGAAGCACGUGAUGGCUUUCAGAGACAUUCCCGGUCGGUAGCUGUUGUAUGAUAGGACAGCGCUGACUGGUGGGCGGGACUAAAUUAGGGAGAUAACCGACACAUUUCCUGGCUCUGAGAAAGGAACGAUUGAAUUCAUUUGUAAUCAGUAAACAUUUUAAACUACGACAGCCGUUCGAGAACGUUUCUAAACCCCGGAGCGAUAAAGAAAUAAAACGAGUCUGGUUUGUUUACCGUUCAUCUGUUGGUUACAGUGAUGAUUCCAUAUCAAUCCUACAGACAUUCGAGCACACGUUCUCGAGAUAUCGCACUAACGGGAAUCUCAGACAGACGCACGGACAACCCGGAUACGUAAAAAAAAACAAAACAUGGACGUUAAUUAAAUAAAGCCUAGUCCUCGCUAACCCAAAUAAAUAUAAAAACACAUC